AUGGGUUAGGCAGAUAGUAAAUAGGAGAAGGAUUUUUUAAGAAAGAUUGACUCGCAAUACGAAUUCAUCAAACAUCUUAAUGAUGCAAGUGAAUCAUCAUAAUUAUAAAGUAGGAUACGGGGAUGGUAAAUUGUUCGGUAAGAAAAAUGACAAGUCAUAAAUGAUUGUAUUAAAGAACAUAAGUGUUCCAGAUGAAGCUAGUUAUUAAGCUUGGAAGAAUAAAUUAUAGAUGAGACAAUCUCUAAAACAUCCUAAUAUUAUUGAAUUAAAAGGUAUGCAUAACGAAUAAUAUCAAUUAGAAUCAAUUUAAUCAGAAGAAGAGUAAGUUUGCAGUACCUUUUAUAAGGUGAACCUCGUAUUUGAAUACAUACCUUAAACUCUAAAAGAUGCUCUAGAAUAAAGAAAAUAAGCAGGUGCUUAUUAUGGAGAAUAAGAGAUUUUGUAAAUGUUAAAUGGAGCAAUUGAUGGAUUGGCCAAAUUACAAGAAUUUAAGAUUGCCCAUUAAAAUUUGAGAGUGUAAACUUUAUCCUAUCAAAAUGGAAUUAUCAAAGUUAGUGACAUCCCCUUAUUAGCCAAUAUCACAUCCUUUGCAGCUGUUUUACAAGAUUAUGGAGAUGCAUCUCAAGGCAAUUAUCUGUCUCCUAUAUUGACUAAGGCAGUUUAUGAAAGUAAUCAUAUGCCUUAACAUAAUUUAUUUAAAUCAGAUGUAUAUACUCUUGGAAUGAUAUUCCUUUAAGUUUGUUUACUAUAACCUUAAGAUAAUUGUUAUGAUUACUUUGAAGGCAAAAUAAACAUGUAAUAAUUGUUCACAAACAUUGAAUAAGCUAGAACUAUUUAUACUUCUGAAUUAGUUGAAAUAAUUGAAGAAAUGCUUGAAUAAGUUGAAAAUGAUAGACCUGAUUUUAUUUAAUUGAGGAAUAAAAGGAAAUAAACUAUUGUCAAAUAAGAACCUCAAUUAGCUGAUAAAAACUCUCUUUAAUAAGAUGAUGAAUACUAAAUGAUGUUCUAUAAGAAUAAUGAUAAUUAAUUUGAAGUCAAUUAAUCAGUCUAACCUUCUUAUUAAGAUGAAGGACCAAUUCCAUUACUAGAAGAUAAUUAUGAUGAGUUACAUCCACCCUUUAAAGAACCAUAACCAGCUAGUUAUAAUGACCAUGAUAUAUUGAUUCACAAUGCAGAUAUCACUAGGAAUUCUAUCUGUAAUUAAAAUAUUAAUAUUUAAUUUAGCUCCAAUGAAGUAAAAUAACUCAAUUGGAUAUAUUCCAAAAUCAUAAAUCUAAGAAAUUUAAGUUCAACCAAUCUCAUUUGCUUAAAAUAAUAAUAUUUUAAAUUAAGAUAUUUAUAGAGUUCCAGAUAUGCCAAAAUAAAAUAUUAAAUAUGAUUCUUAUACUAAUACAAGUACAUAUAAAGAUUAAACAAAUCUCAAAAAAUAAGAUGCUUACACUCAAUCAAGUUAAUUAUUCAAUAAUAAUGAUUAAUAAAAAUCCAAUAUUCAAUAUUAAUAAUAAUAAUAUGUGACUGCCUAUUAACCUUAAAGAGAAUCAUUUAAAGUCACUGAUUAUAUGGAUAAAUUUCAUUUUUCAUCACCAAAUGAUAUCAAAAUAUUUGAAUAAAAUCAUUAAAUUGAUUACAACCAACCAAAUAGAGAAUCUUAUUAAUAUUAUUCUGCAUAACCAUAGAGUAGAUUUAUGUCUGUAUAAUAAUAACCAAUUUAAUAAUAAUCAAAUUAUAUACCUAUAUAGACAGUAUCAACAUAUCUCCCAAAAUAGAAUUUGUCAACUUAUGUUAAUGAAACCUAUCCAAAUGGAUAAAGAUAUGUUGGAGAGAAAAUUAAUGGAAAAAAAGAAGGCAGAGGAAGAUUAUAUUAUAAAGAAGGAGGCUAUUAUGAUGGAAAUUGGAAAAAUGACAGAAUUAAUGGAUAAGGUAUGAAAUUAUUAUUUAAAUAUAGGUGUAUUAUAUUAUGCAAGUGGAAGACCAGCAUAUGAUGGAGAAUGGAUUGAUGACAAGUUUUAAGGAUAAGGUAUAUUAUAUAAUGAUACUCCUAAAAUUGAAGAUAUUAAUUAUAGAAAUCUAGAAGAUAUUGGAAAGUAAUUUAAUCUUAAUAAUUUAAGUGCUUGGACCAAAUAUGUUGGAUAAUUUUAUGAUGAUAAUAAAAAUGGAUAAGGAACUCUCUAUUUUUUGAAUGGGGAUCGUUUUGAGGGAAAUUUUUAAGAUGAUCAAGUUUAAGGAUAAGGUAGAUAUAUUUCAAUAGGAGGAUAAGUAAUCUAAGGAAUUUGGAACUUUAAUCGUUUUGUGUAAUGA